AUGGGGAACUUAUCUACUUUUAAAUUAUUUUAUCUUUCUGGGCUGCAGGACUUAGGAGUUUACAAGCCUCUGUACUUCUUGUUGGUGUUUGUCCUUUACAUCCUCAUUGUUAUAGUCAACUUAACUUUGAUCUUUAUUGUGACAGUGCAUAGAAGCCUCCAUGAGCCCAUGUACAUUUUCAUCUGUAAUCUGUGUGCAAAUAGUCUCUAUGGGACUGUUGGUUUUUACCCUAAAUUUUUGCUGGACUUGCAAUCUGAUAUUCACAUGAUAAGCCACAGUUGGUGCAUGAUUCAAACGUAUGUGAUUUACAGCUCUGUUAUGUGUGAAACAUCAGUUUUAACAGUGAUGUGUUAUGACCGCUAUGUGGCAAUUUGCAGACCACUGCAAUACCACAACAUUGUGACUCCACGUGCUGUGUUGAAGUUGCUUAUAUUAGCCUGGUCUUAUCCUCUCUUGUCAGCAGCAAUAGCUAUUAUCCUUACUUCUAGAAUACCCUUUUGUGGAUCACACAUCUAUAAACUAUUCUGUGACAAUGCUUCAAUGGUAAUAUUGGGGUGUUAUCGAGCAAUAGCCAACCAUGUAUGGAGUAUGGUGAUUAUUUCAGUAUAUCUUAUACAGUUUGUUUUAACUUUGAUUUCUUAUGCUCAUAUUGUCAAGGUUUGUAUGUCAUCCAGUGAAGCUAGAACAAAGUUCAGUAAAACUUGUGUGCCUCAUAUUGUAGUUAUGGUCACAUAUAUCAUGACUGUAUUGUUUGAUGUAUUUUACAGCUGGGGUGGUUCAGUAGAUCUUCCAAUUGGUGUGCGUAAUGCAUUCGCUAUACAAUUUCUGAUUCUUCCCCCACUAUUAAACCCAUUAAUUUAUGGCCUUCAACUUCCAAGGAUUCGAAAAGUACUAUGUGGACAAAGUUGUUGUAAACACAAAGCACAUUAUCUUAGAAAUAAUACAUGA